CCGGAGAGUUUGAGACGUUUUUUACGGUUUGAAUUGACGGCUGAGAAACUUACCGUCGGUCUGAUUCACGGAGUUAACUCUCCCACCGGAGACACGGAGACAACAUGGCGGAUUCAUCCGGACGAUAUGAGCGUCUGACAGCAGAGCAGAUGGAUGAACAGAGGAUCCAGAAUGUGGCCUAUCAGUACCUCUGCAGGCUGGAGGAGGCUAAGAGGUGGAUGGAGGCGUGUCUGGGGGAGGAGCUUCCUGCUCCCACUGAGCUGGAGGAGGCUCUGAGGAACGGAGUGGUUCUGGCUAAACUGGGUCAUCGAUUCGCUCCGAAGGUGGUCAAUGUGAAGAAGAUCUACGACCCGGACCAGCUCCGGUACCAGGCGGUCGGUCUUCAGUUCCGUCACACUGACAACAUCAACCACUGGAGGAUCGCCAUGACGACACUCGGCCUGCCAGCGAUCUUUUAUCCAGAAACUACAGACAUCUACGACAAGAAGAACAUGCCGAGAGCUGUUUACUGUAUCCACGCACUCAGCCUGUACCUGUACAGACUGGGUCUGGCUCCUCAGAUCCACGACCUCUAUGGAAAAGUCAAGUUCACAGAGGAGGAGAUCAACAACAUGACGUCAGAGUUGGAUAAAUAUGGAAUCCAGAUGCCGGCAUUCAGCAAGAUCGGAGGACUUCUGGCCAAUGAGCUGUCAGAGGACGAGGCUGCAGGCCAUGCUGCGGUGAUCGCCAUCAACGAGGCGGUAGACAGAGGUCAUCUGGAGGUGACGGCGGAGGCUCUGAGGAACCCUAACGCCCUGAUCACUGACCUGCAGGAGGCGCUGAUGAGCGCCUAUCAGGAGGUGCUGCAGCAGGCCAAAGCCAGGAAGAAGGAGCAGGCAGCCAAUAGGUGUGGAGAUCAAGAGGAGAAAGAUAUCUACGAAGAGUUUCUGACUCGGAGAGAAAUCCAGAACAACAUCAACCUCGUGAACGGUGAGUUUGUCUCCUCACCUGUCCGUCUCACCUGUGAGAAAUUUAGGUUUUAAAGCUCCUAAUUAUGGAUAUAAUGUGAUACAGUAUAUUUACUUGUAGGAGUCUGGUCAUUUCAUGAAUUAAGUGU